GAUGAAACACGUGCUAGCUAGCUUGUAUGGAAGGUUGUGGUUGGAGAAAAAACUUUUUAUUAUGAGAACUCUCCGUAUUAAAUUUUGAUAUACAACGAUAUUUGUAUAACAUUUAUUUGCAAUUUGCACUCAUCAUCAUACAAUAAAAUUAAGAAGUUAAUAUGUAGAGUUGAAGCAGACACUUGCAUAGACUCUUCUAGUAUAGUUUGUAUGCAGUUGGUUGGCGCUGUACCGAAGCAGAAGAAUAGAGUUUUGGUGAUAACGCAACUCAGCCAAAUUGGUGCGGGUAGAGAGAGAGUCGUUGAUCUUAUCUAAAAUGCCAGCCCACAGAAGCAGAAUAUUCAGAACUCCCCCACCACUCACCUCUUUCUCUCUCUAAGAUUCGUCCAUACGCGACGCCCCGACCUCGACUCUCUCACGCACCCUCCCCUCACCUUUAUAUUUGACGAGAAUAGAUUUUCAUCCAAUCUCUUUCUUGCUUCUCACUCUAAGCUAACACAAUUUUAAUUAUAUCAGUCUCGCUUAUCUUAUCCUGUCUACUAAUAUAAUUCCUUGUGAACCAAGUUUUAAUUUAUUCUAUUUCUUGAUUCUGCUCGGAUCCUUUAUUCCCUAAUUUCCUUCGGAUCUCUCGCCCAAUGUAUUAAUCUGCUCCCAAUCCCAUUUCUAAACUUAGCUCAAAGUCGAUCGAGAAUAUAUAUAUAUAUUACAAGAAAAAAGGUGUGGAGAAUAAAAUCUAGAGGUAAUCAAAAGAAAAUGGUGAUUAAAGACCAUAAUAAUCACAGUGAUUUCUCGGAGAAUAUGCAGCGAUGCCAUGAUUAUAUCAAGGGGUUAGAGGAAGAGCGUUGCAAGAUUCAAGUUUUCCAACGCGAACUCCCUCUCUGCCUCGACCUCGUCACACAAGCAAUUGAGACAUGCAGACAGCAGCUAUCAGGAACAACAACGGAUCACAAUUUACAUGGGCAAUCCGAGUGUUCGGAGCAGACAUCUAACCACGUGCCGGUUUUUGAGGAGUUUAUGCCUAUCAAAAGGGCUUCUCCGGAUUCCGAUGGUGAAGAACACGAGUCCAACAAAUCCAAGAUCAAUCAAACUAGUGAUUCUAAUAACGAUGCGAAAAUUUGUAAGAAAUCGGACUGGCUUAGAUCCGUACAGCUAUGGAAUCAAACCCCAGAUCCACCUUCUAAAGAGGAUUCAGCUACAAAAUUUGCUGUGUCGGAGGUGAAGACAGAUGGCGGCGGUGCCUUGAAGAAAGAGAGAGGUGUGGCUGCGCCGGCGCCGGCAUCCACCAGUUCCACGGCGGAGAAUGGUGGUGGAAAUAAGAAGGAGUCGCACAGAAAGGCAAGGAGAUGUUGGUCGCCGGAGCUGCAUAGGAGAUUCUUGCAAGCACUGCAACAGCUUGGCGGCUCACAUGUAGCCACACCCAAACAAAUUAGGGAAUUGAUGAAGGUUGAUGGGCUCACAAAUGAUGAAGUUAAGAGUCAUUUACAGAAAUAUCGAUUGCACACGAGAAGGCCAAGCUCCUCAACUCAGAACAACAAUGCACAAACACCUCAGUUUGUGGUGGUUGGAGGGUUGUGGAUGCCGCCAGAUUAUGCUUCGGUGGCCACAACCACCGCAUCGCCGGAGGCGCCUGAUGGUGUCACCUUUUCUGCACCACCGCCACCCUUCCAAGAACCACCGUCGUCGCCUAAAAGAAGGCAACACAUCAAGCCAUCAUCGCAAUCUAACGACGGCUGCAGCUAUAGUAAAGGCGGCGCUCAGUCGUGCUCACCAGCCACCUCUUCCUCCACCCACACUACGACCACCGCGGUUUCACCGGCUUGCUAACUUUCUCUCAUGUAGAGAUGAAUACUUGCAGUCGCUAGUGAUGUAACAUGUCUGAUUAACUUUAGAGCGAGAAUGAGUUUAGUAUUGUUCAUUUUUUUGUGAAAUUAUACCUAAUUUCGUAUUAUUAUUAGUAUUAUUUUUUGAAAAACAAAA